AUGGACAUCACGACUAUUUUGAACAGAAAACAAUCUGCUGCCCUGGUUGCUGCAGAAGGACCGUUCCAACAACAAUUCGUACCUUCACCCUUCGGUUCUCCCUCGUCGCCAAGAAUGAAGCCGGAGCCGGGCGUCUCGGACCCUGGUGACCACCAAGUCCUAGCAUAUCCUACCCAUGCUCCGCUUGGCCAGAUGAACCUGCACCAAGGCCUGCAAUACGCACCUCGCACGCAGCCGAGCACCAGCAUGCCGCUGAUGCAGAAUGCCUACUACCCCGGGGGAUACGCAAGCACAAGUCCAUUGCCGAAUGGCAUCGCUGCCGCACCUACAGGAAGAGCCGAUCCACCACCGAAGACUUUUUACUGCUCGACUUGCAACAAGGGUUUCGCCCGGCGCAGUGACCUCGCGAGACAUGAACGGAUCCACACAGGAAUUAGACCUCAUGCUUGUGACUGGCCAGGUUGCGGAAAGCAGUUCAUCCAGCGUUCAGCUCUUACGGUGCAUUCUCGUGUCCACACUGGAGAGAAGCCUCAUAUGUGUGAGCGAUGUGGCAAGCCUUUUAGUGACUCAUCGUCGCUCGCAAGACAUCGCAGAAUUCAUUCCGGAAAGCGUCCCUACAAGUGUCCGUACGCGAACUGCCAAAAGACCUUUACACGCCGUACCACCUUGACCCGCCAUCAGAACCACCAUACUGGAACAAUUGAGGAGGCUGCCGCGGAGACAGAAGCCAACUUGAGACAGAACAAGGACAGAGCAAGGAUGCCGGGUGACAUGUUUUCGGAUCACGGCUCUGUUCACUCCACACCGUCUCCCGCACACCACCCCAUCUCCCCGGCCGGUGAUCUCCCACCUUUGCAUAUGCCCCGUUCUGUCAGCGAUUAUUACGGAAGCGGAUCUAUUCCCCCUCACAUGCGAGGAGAUUUUUCGCAACCCAGUCCCCGCGCGUCCCCGACUGCCACAUCACCGUCGCUGUCAAGCUACGGCAGCGCGCCACCUAUCCGUCCCUCUAUGACAUCACAUCCCUCGGGUUACGGCCCCCCUCAGCCUCUGGAACCGCCCGCCAACAACGACCACCGACCAAACAGUGUCAAUGGAAGCCCGCACAUGACCAGCCUGGGCUGGGCAUCUCCGUCGCAUAGUAUCCCGUCUCCCGGCUCUGUGAACGACUUCUACCCCGAGCCCAGUGCCCCGGCAUACCACACCUCCAUGCCUCCUCACAUGUACUUCCCCAAUUCCACGAUUCGCCGGCCCGCCAGCACAGAGCCAGAGAAUUAUGAAAUGAGGCCGAGGCUUGGUGAGGCUGCGUGGUCUACUGCGGUUUAG